CGUACCGUACUGGAUUACAGUCUAAACAUGGGCUCCACUCUGUCAUUUCCUAUCGUUCAAUUGCCUGAAGAUCGGAUUUUUUUAAUUACUGGAGGCAAUACAGGAAUUGGUUAUGAAACUGCAAAACAAAUAGCCACGAUGGGAGGUCACGUGAUUAUCGCGUGUCGAAAUGAGGUCAAGGCCAAAGCGGCCGUGGAAAAGAUGCAGCAGGAGUUCCAAGGUGCCAGGAAAGACGGCAAACUCAGCGACAUUACAAGAGAAAAACUGAAUGUUCAGUACAUGAUUGUGGAUUUAGCAUCUUUAAAAUCCACAAUGGCUUUCAUCGAGAACUUCAUCGCUUCUGGAAAUCCGCUACACGUGCUAAUCUGCAACGCGGGAAUUGGAUUCGCUCCGAGAAGUUAUACCGAAGACGGUUACGAAUCCAUGUUCCAGGUGAACUAUCUGAGUCAGUUUCUCAUCAUGGCUCACCUGUUACCGGUCAUGAAGAGGUCAGGUGACGACUGUCGGAUUAUCCUCGUCUCUAGCAUUGCUCACAAGUUCGCAAGCUUUUGCAUGAGCACGAUACAAGGCAAGGAGGUGAGCAAUUUCAACAGAAUGAAGUACUACGGCAACUCCAAGAUGUACCAGAUUAUGCAGAUGUAUUCCAUGGUUCGUCGUCUGCAAGGCAGUAACAUCACAGUGACGGCACUACAUCCGGGCAUCGUUGACUCAGAGCUUUCCAGAAAUUUCCAAGAUCGAUUUUAUUACAAGCACAUUUACACAGUUGGCAGAUUAUUUGGUGUAGUCCGGAAUCUGUACCAAGGUUCAGCAACCUCACUGACCUGUGCAGUAAACCCGGAACUAAGAGGUACUACAGGUGUUUAUUUUGUAGACGCCAAACCCGCCACAUCGUCUCGGGAAUCCAGAAAUACAGAAUACCAAGAGCAAUUGUGGAAAUACACGCUUGACUGUUUGAAGGAUUACCUUACUGAUGACGCCAUAAUGGGACUUAAGGAAGUGACGUCAGAGAGGUGAAACACGUAAAGAGGUUUUGAAGGGACCAAGUGGUUUGUGACAAGCGGCUUAGGACAAGUGGUUUAUGACAAGUUCUUUGUGACAAGCGGUUUGUGACAAGUGGUUUGUGAGACACACGAGAAUGUAAGAAUAUUUUGGCAACAAAUGCAAAGUGGUGGAAAUUCUCGUGGACACUUCUUGAGCGACUCGUAACCAUAGUGAUAGAACAUGCUCACGCGCUACUGCAUCUCUGCAGUACAGUUUUCAAACCAAAGACAGCACAGCGAACAUACAAUAAUGCUCAGUCAAUGUUGAUGAUUCCGUGUUAUAAAUAUUUAUGAUGUGACGUCGUUUUUGAACGAAACAGCAAGUGUACUUUCUUUCCGACGAGAUUUGUUCUUCAAUCAAAUCAAUUUUCCG